GUGGGGCCGCCCGCACCGGGUCAUGGCUGAGAGCGCCCUGGGGCCGUGGGGUCCCGACGGUGCCGGCUCCGACGCGGGGCUCCCCGCUCCGCCGGGCGGCCCGUCCUGGGGGAAGGCGGCGAUCCCGGGGGUGGCCCCGCUCCGCUCCCCCCGCACGUCCUUCCCCCAGGAUGCUCCGGACGAGGGGUCGGACGGCGGCUCCGAGACCUCCACCUCGAGCGUGACCCCCAGCGAGGAGGAGGAAGGCCACCAGUGGGGGGUGGGCGACGCCUGCAUCACCGCCUGGGCAGGGGACGGGCUGCUGUACCCUGCCCGCCUGCGGGCGCUGCACCCCACCACCGGCACCUGCCUGGUGGAGUUCGACGGCUAUGGUAAUACUGAAGAGCGGGUGCUGGCCGAUAUCCUGCCCCCCCGACCUGGGCACUGGGGUGGGAGCGACACCCCAGGGGGCGAGGGUCCCCAUGCAGAGUCCCACCAGCUGAGCACCCUGUCGUUGUGGGAGCUGCCCCCAGGUGUGAGGAGGAGGAAGGGCGAGCAGGGGUCCUGCUCCCCCUGGUCCCCUGAAGUGAUGCCCCCACUGUGGCCCUCGGCCCUACUGCAUUCUUUGUGGGAGGAAGAGAAGGAGGAGGAUGCCUUGACUGCGAUGCUGAUAGCCUGGUACAUGAGCGGGUACCACACUGGCUUCUACAUGGGCCUCCGGGAAGGCCGGGCGGAGGCUGCCAAGCCCCCCCUGAGGCAGGGCCACAGGCAGAAGAAGCUCCUACACAGCUAGGAGGGCAGCUGGAUCUGCCAGGCAGUGCCGUGCUCCUGCUCCCCCCUCGCUUGCGGAGGGGGCUGCUCCCCCCGGGGGGGUCCUGGCUGCAGGGACAGGGGCAGCAGCCUUCCUCUACCCCGGUCAGCUCUGCAUCAGAGCCUUGGCUGAGGAGGGGCUGCAGCACUCUUCUGUCCCCCCAUUCCCUUCUUUGGAAUAAAGCUGUU